AUGAGCAUAGGAUGAUUAAUAAUGGAAAUUGAAUAAUAUUUUCACCGAUGCACCCUACCACCCAUCCCUCAAAUGACAAUUACAAUGGCGUGUGGAUUGAGGUUUAAAAAAAAUUGAUUUAACACCACUACUUCUUCCUCCUCCUCUUUUCUUUGCUGCACCUCCUCCCUUCUUUUCUAUGCUGGUUCCAAACCACUACCUCUGAUUCUUCAUCUUUAUCGCUCUUUAUAUGCAGAGAUUAAUCUAUUGCAUCAUUAAAUAUCAUUGUGAUAUCUUUUUUUGAGCAAGUUCUUGAACCAAAACUCUUACUCCCCUUGGUUUUAUUGAUCUUCUUGACUAAAUCAAGGAGUGUUCCUACUGUUCACCCUGCUUUUUUUGAUAUUCUUUUCGGCUGAAACAGAGAGCUUUCCUUUUGUUCACCUUGGUUUUCUUGAUCUUCUUCUCCACAAAAACACAGAGCUUUGCUUUGUUCACCUUGGUUUGGUUAAUCUUCUUCACCAAAAGGACACUUUCCUUCUACUUGGUUUUCUCGACCAAUUGGGCUUUUUACAAGGUGCUUUUGUUUAGUGUCCCAAGGCUUGUGGCUACCUGAACUAUUUCAUUGUGUUUGCCUCUCUUUUGCUACCAUCAACCAUGGAAAUUGCUACCGGCGUGCUCCAAAUUGUGAAUAUAUUUUUGGAACCCAUCACUCGACAGCUCGGAUAUCUCUUCAAAUGCCGGGAGAAGGUUGAGGAACUGAGAAAUGAGAACGAACUGACUUAAGGUCCAAAUUCCUGAUUUGGAGGCGAAUAUUGAAGCAACAGAAAGAAGUGGGAAGGCAGCCACAGGUGAAGCACAACAGUGGUUCAAUAGGGCACGAGAAUUGGAACAUGAAGCAGAUGAAGUAGUUGAAAGAUACCACGACAACAAGUGUUGCUUUGGAGGACUCUGCCCAAAUUGCCCCUCCAACUACAAGUCAGGUAGACAAGCAACAAAGAAACUAUCCCAAAUCACUACUCACAUCAAUCUAGCAAAUACUGUGAAUUGGAGCAUGGAUCGACCACCGCCAGUGGGGAGGGAGAUGCCUACAGCUUCAAUCACAGGCCAGUCAACAUUUGAUAAAAAUGUAACUAAGAUCCUUGAAUGUUUGAGUAACAAUGAAUUGGGUGUGAUUGGCAUUCACGGUAUGGGAGGCGUUGGAAAGACAACUGUCAUGCUGGAAAUCAACAAUAGUCCAUCACAAAAUCAAGGAUUUAAGAGAGUGAUAUGGAUCACUGUGUCAACAGAUGUAAAUAUAACUAGAAUUCAAAAAGAAGUAAUGAAAAAAUUGGGAAUGAAUGUUGAAGAUGAAGAUAUGAUUGCAGAGAGAUUGUUUUCUGCUUCGAAGGAGCAAAGAUUCGUGCUUAUAUUAGAUGACUUGUGGGAAAAGCUGGAUUUGAAUGCUAUAGGAGUCCCUCGCCCAAACCCACAAAAUAAAUGUAAGAUUAUAAUAACCACUCGAUCAUUAAUAGUGUGCAAUCGGAUGGAAACUGACCUCAAAAUUAAAGUGGAUGUUUUAUUAGAGGAGGAAGCAUGGAUCUUGUUUCGUGAAAAAGCAAGAAAUGUGGUAGGUCUCCCUUCCAUAGAGCCCAUCGCUUGUAAGGUCCUCAAAGAAUGUGGUGGCCUACCACUCGCCAUCAUCGUAGUCGGUUGUGCGAUGAGAGACAAGGAUAAUGUGCAUGUGUGGGAGAAUGCACUGAGAGCUUUACGGGAAGCAACAAUGGAGAUUGAGGGCAUGGAACGUGAAGUGUUUGUGCCAUUGAAGUAUAGUUACGACGAAUUACAAGAUGAAAACAUUAGGCAAUGUUUUUUGUAUUGCUCCCUAUUUCCAGAGGACUGCGAAAUUGAAAAGGAUAAUUUGGCUGAGCGUUGGAUGUGUGAGGGGCUCUUAGGCAGAGUGGAUAGUGUGGAGGAUGCUAGAAACAAAGGCCACGGUCUAAUUGAAAAGCUGAUUGACUCAUGCAUGAUAGAGCAAGUUCGUAGAACGGAUUAUUUUGUGAAGCUUCAUGAUGUGAUCCGAGAUGUUGCCAUACGUAUCGGCUCCACAAGAGAGGGUGGGGGUUUUAUUGUUGAAGCAGGAUUGGGACUGAAAGAAGCACUCAGGGUUGAAGAAUGGGGAGAGGCCCAACGUAUAUCGUUGAUGAGUAAUGGACUAGAGAGACUUCCAAAUCGGCCAGUGUGUCCGGUUCUCACGACAUUGAUGCUCAGAAAAAAUAGAAAUUUGAAUAACAUUCCGGAGGGUUUAGAAGCCCUAAAGGUGCUUGAUCUUCAUGGAACUGGCAUCAAAUGUUCUCAAUUGGAUUUUGUUGGCCUUGAUGUUGUUCCCAGCUUGAAGAGCUUGGAAUUUUUGUGCCUCUCGAAUUUGCGAGUUGUGAGGAGAAUUUGGAAGGGAGAUGGAGACCAUCAUCUUCUCAAUCUCAGAUUUUUGCUUAUUGAAGAUUGUGAUGUAUUGAAGAAUGUGUUAUUGGCAAAUGUGGUACAAUGUCUUCCAUGCUUAGAAGAAAUGGCGAUAAUGAGGUGCAGAGGAUUAGAAGAGAUAAUUAGUGGGGGGCAGGUAGGCCAAAACAUCACCCUCCCCGAAUUAAAAAAAUUGCAAUUAAAUGGUUUGGUGAAAUUGAAGAGUAUAUGUGAGAAUGCGCCUUCAUUGGAGAGAAUAUCUGUGAGAGGGUAUCCCAAGUUGAGAAGGCUCCCUCAAGGUCUCCGAGAAGCAGAAAUGCUAAGACUAAUUGAAGGAGAAAAAGAAUGGUGGGAGGGAUUGGAAUGGGAAGAUGAGCGUACCAACUCUACUCUCCUCCCUCUCUUUGUCGAAAUAAAAAGUUGACAGGGAUAGCAAAGUGGGAGUGGUUACAAUUACAUUCACCCGUGAGGUAGGUAAACCUCCAAGCCUAUAACUGGAAAUCUCUCUCUCUCUCUCUCUCUCUCUCUCUUCUUGAGCCCACCUUCAUGCCUAUUGUCUCUCUCUCUCUCAUAAAAAUAAAUGGUGAAAGCCAGUGUAUGAAACAUCGUAUUAGUGGGGCAGAUGGCCACCCAUUGAUCUCGUAUUGAAUCGUCGGAUCGCCAAUCAAGAUUGGUUUGGACUCAGCAUCUCAGAUCUGGAUGCUUGGACCUGAUCUGGGUCUAGAUCCGGCAUGGACCCUAUAGGGUUCGGUCGGACCAGGUUGAGUCGACCUGGUAUGAAAUAUUAUAAAUCAUAUAUAAAACAUACAUUUUUUCACUAGAUUUUAUUUAUUAUCAUUUUUACUAGAAUAAAACAUAUAUAUUACAUAGUAUAUAACUUAAUGUUUUUAAAUUUUUAGACCCUGGUCUGGGUCCAAGUAAGCCCAGGUAGGUAGGUUCCAGAACUGGGUCGGGGUCCAAUCGACACAAAACCCCUAUAAAUUAUAAAUAUAAGUCAUAGCUCAAGAAACCACCCAAACAGGUUGUGUUUAAGGUUUGAAGUUUUUCCAAGUGAUCAUCUCGACCUCAAUAUAUAGAACUAUGGGUAAAAGAUUUAAAGUCAUAAAAUAAUGUAUUCUAUAACAAAUUAUCUGGACCUGUCUAUUUCCAAAAUGGUUAGUCUGUUCAAUUCUUGGAACUUUAUCCUUCGUAGUUACAGGUUAGCAUGCCAAAACUAGGUCUACAUAAAUCGAUGUAUUGCAUAUUAUAAUUUGAUGGAGCUUGAUGAACCUAUUUUUUUGAAUAAGGCAUAAUGAACCUAUUGCAUUUUGAAUAUUUAUAAUCACAUACUUAUGUUAAAUAGACGUGACUUGUUUAAUUUUGUUUACAUAGGAAUAUGUUUUUUUCUUUUGUAUUCAUUGUAUAACAAAUGUAGGAUCACAUUCGAGAGUUAUUUUUGAUGCGAUGAAGUGACAUUAUAUUAAUACACGUAUAAUAAUCACAAAAACUCACUCGGAGUGAGUGAGUAAGGGCAGGCCACAGGUUCGGGUGGUUGUACAUAAAACACUCUCUCUAUCUUAUGUGACAUCUCCCUCAACCAGUCUUCGGGUGAGUCCUAAUCUUCAUGCUAACAAAGAAGUCCAUAAACAUAUCCCUAUGUGUUUAUUUCUCUCCAUUACUAUAAGAGAGAUUAAUCUUAUAUCUCUAUCUCAACCCUCCUCUUUUUUUUUUUGAAGGUUUUGGGCUCUUUCCUUGGUAUAUUAGCCUUUUAGUUUCCCUGUUCGUAUAUUGCUUGGGUGGAGGGAAAG